CCCAUUCAUUCAUUCAUUCAUUGAUUCCAUCACUCAACAUGCAUGCAAUGCCAUGCAUCAUGCACAAGUUAGCAGGAACCGUCUGUGGGUGGCUGAGAUCUCACCACCCACUUUCUUUCUGUACACUCACCCAUCCACCCGCCCAACCGCGCGCACACACGCACGCCAAGCUGCUACCAGACACCGCCACUCGGCUAGUCAACAACCAUUUCCCCACUGGUCGGUUGGCCGGUCGGCCGUCGGUCGAUCUCCCCUCUGUCUGAUCUGUCUCUCCAUGCAUCUGUCAUGUCUGUCUGUCUGUCUGUCUGUCUGUAGCUAGCUACUCCUCGUCUGUGAAGUCCUUGGAGCUGUACUGCGUCACGGGCGACAGGCGCAGAUCCGCCCACGUGCCUGUGAUGCCAGAAUACACAUCCAAAAUCCUGAUCAACCAACCAAUCCACACACAUGCGCAGCGCACAGAGAGAGUGGAAGGGCGCACAAAGCACAGCACAGCACAGCACGUGAGUGGGUACAUGUAUAUGCGGUGCAUGGGUUCCUGCUGGCUGGCUGCUGUACGUACGUGAGCAGAUCGAGCUUAUAGUGGACUCGUUUGUUGCCCCGGAACCCCUCACCACCACCGCCGCCCUUCUGCUGCUGCUGCUGCUGCUGCUGGUCAUCGCCAGGCGUCCCGCCGGCCGCCACACCGAUCUUGCGGAGGCCGUUGAGGACGCGCUUGACCUCCUGCCGGUCGCGGAAGUCGGGACUGUACACACAGAUGACGUACAUGGGGCCGCUGGGCGUCAGGGCGCACUUGGAGCAGUUGCCCAGCUGCCCCUUGCUGGUCGCCAAGGCCACACGACGCCACGCCUCAUCUAUCAUGUCGUCACCUGCAUUGCAAUGCAUGCAUCAGCAUCACACGGACGGACGGCAACACAACCAACAAGACCCAGUAAGUAACAUCAAUGCAUUGCAAAGAGGCCUUCCUUCCCUUGCUUCUGUCUUUCCUUCUCACCCACCGAAGUAGAGGAGCCACUUGCCACUGACAAACUUGGUUUCGAUGGCCAACUGCGUCAGUUGCUCGAGGGUCUCCUUGCGAAUCACCCCCAUCUUGGCCCUGGGCUGCUUGAGCUUCUCGCCACAGUCGCGCAGAAUGGCCUCGCCUCUGGCCUUGAUGGCCUUGACCUCCUCCUCCGAGAACUCAUGCUCAGGCCGGCCGCCGUCAUGCCACACCCACCGCCACCCGCGAUGCAGCGUCUCGUGCACCUGAUGGCUGGCGCGUGUGCUGCUGGGGUUGGCCAGGGGCAGAUGCGAUGAAUGGUUGUCGCUGGGCGGGGCGGGAUGGGCCUGCUGCUGCUGCUGCUGAUGGGUGCGGUCCGCCCCAGCGUUGAUCUCCCUCAUCAGCUGCAUCGCCAGGGCAUGGUCGGCAUCCUCCUGGCGCUUGCGGCGACGCUCCUCGUCCGUCAUGAAGGCAUCCAGGUCCAUGGCGGUGGGCUGGGAGGGACCUGCCGGCGCUGCGGCCGCUGCAGCAGAUGCCGAUGCACUCACGGCGGGUGCGGUGGCGUCGGCUGUGGUCUUGGCGGCCUUGGCCUCCUUCUCGCCCUCCUCCUUGCGCUUCAGGUACUCCUCAUUUUUGCGCUUGCGAAUCUCCAUCAGCUGCUGGUCCAUGAGCGAUGACUCCGCGUACAAGUG